AUGGAUUCACCGAGCCAGAAACUAAUGAUAUCGCUCGUGUUUUGCCUUGCUGUCUUCUUCUCCGCAUCUUCAGCCAGUGCAGAAUCCGUGCUGGUACGCGAGCUUUGCAGGGCAACCAAAGUUAACCCAGAAUGCGUCGCCGCUCUAAACCCUGACCCACGGGCUGCAAAAGCGACUUCACAUCUUUCUCUCGGUGAAAUCGCUUUGCAAAUAGCAACGGAGAACACUACCAAGAGGCAGGAGUUAUUGGACCAAAUGCUUGUGGACCCAAACACGACAUCUUCAUGGAAGCCGGUGCUCAAGACUUGUAAGGCUCACUUCGAAACUGCGGCCAUGCAGUUCUCAACUGCAAGUCGCGAACUUGGAUUGGACGCAAUGUCUGCAAAUUAUGAUGUCUGGAUGGCCUCCGACGAAAUCGACGCCUGCUUGGCGUUCGUGAGAAGUUCCAAGCAGGACAUUCCACCAUUAGUUACCAGUUGCAAUUAUGUUAAAACUCUCGUUUCCAUUGGUGAUGCCAUCACCAAUAGGUGGUAA